AUGCCUUCUGAUACUUACCACACCUGUCCUGAAUGCGGAAAAGUGAUGCUGAAGAAAAAUUUGUACACCCAUCUUAAAGUCUCCCACCGGAAACUCGGGGAAGAGAUAUCACAAAUACGUGAACAAAUCAACGGGCAGGCUGGACUCGCUAAGGUAAUAUGUCCAUUAUGCAACGAAGGUUUUACCACUCAUAAUAUGUUGGCACAACAUUGCCAAACAACACACUCCGAAAACGGCGCUGGAGGACGACCACAGAACUACUCCACAGUUUCAGAGAACUUCACAAGUCGUGAAGAAUAUGAGAAGCGUACAAAGAAGUUUAGGGUCCUUCGACUAGACAGAGACUUUUGUGAGUUCUGCGUCCAGAUAACAAAAAAGCACCAGAUAACAAAAAAGUGCAACCGAGCUGGCGUGCAAUCGACGACUGCAAAACAGAGAGCGGUUGCUAGUAAGGAAGAUGUCCGCCAUUGUUCGUGCCAUUUGGUGGUGGAUUUCGACGAAAACGGGACAGUUAAAAUGAGAGGUUGCCUCGGUCACGUAGGGCACGAACUGGACCCAGCUUUGCUGAGAUUCUCAAACCAGCAAAGAAUUUAUCGGAAGAAUCUGCUCGAAGGUACCGAAGUAUAUUUAUGUUAA